AUGCCUAGCCCCAUCCUGACGCCUAGCCCCAUCCUGACGCCUAGCCCCAUCCUGACGCCUAACCCCAUCCAGACGCCUAGCCCCAUCCAGACGCCUAGCCCCAUCCUGACGCCUAACCCCAUCCAGACGCCUAGCCCCAUCCAGACGCCUAGCCCCAUCCAGACGCCUAGCCCCAUCCAGACGCCUAGCCCCAUCCAUUCGCCUAGCCCUCUCCAGACGCCUAGCUCCCUCCAGACGCAUAGCCCCAUCCAGACGCCUAGCCCCAUCCAGACGCCUAGCCCCAUCCAGACGCCUAGGCCCCUCCAUACGCCUAGCCCCCUCCAGACGCCUAGCUCCCUCCAGACGCCUAGCUCCCUCCAGACGCCUAGCCCCCUCCAGACGCCUACCCUCCUCCUGACGCCUAGCCCCAUCCAUACGCCUAGCCCCAUCCAUACGCCUAGCCCCCUCCAGACGCCUAGCCCCAUCCAUACGCCUAGUCCCCUCCAGACGCCUACCCUCCUCCUGACGCCUAGUCCCAUCCUGACGCCUAACCUCAUCCAGACGCCUAGCCCCCUCCAGACGCCUAACCCCAUCCUGACGCCUAACCCCAUCCAGACGCCUAGCCCCCUGUUUUUAGGUGAAAAACACUUUGCAUACGAUUUAUAA